AUGACACAGACCACCAUGCCGCCGGACCAAGGGUUUCUCUGCGACUGCGGUAAACCAGCAACGAUCCGACAAGCAUGGACCGAUGCAAACCCAGGGAGACGUUUCUACCGCUGCGGCGCCGCGUGGAGAAGCGUUUGCGACUUCUUCCAGUGGCGCGACCUCGAAAAACCACACGGCUGGCAGAAAACAGCUUUACUGGAGGCGCGGGAUGUGAUAAGAGCGCAGAAGGAAACGAUAAAGCUUCUUCAAGAAGCCGCAAAAGAGGAACCGAAAACCGAGGCAGACAUUGCAAAAGAAGAGGGAGAAAGCUCGAUAGAGAAGUUGGAGAAGGAAAACAUAAUCCUUAGGAGUGAACUUCAGUGGCGACGGUCUUCCAUGGAUUAA